GGCAAAUCAAAAUGACAAAGGCACUGGAUCUGGGUCUCGUGGAUUGUGGUUGUGAUUGUUAAUUAGAUUAGUUUUGGUUCUGUAUUUUUUAUUUGAUAAGAUAAAGCUUUAAACCUUGAAUAUUUAAAUUAUGAGAAUGAAGUUUGAUAUCCAUUAUAAUUGGUAGAUGAAGUAUGAGAUUCAAUUUGAAGCUAAGGAAAGCUAAGCUCCUUUUGUUGGACUGAAAAUAAGGUCAAAGUUCUAUGGAAUGGAAAGAGAAAUUAUUGAUAGAGAUUUAUUUUCCAAGAAGGAAAAUAAAAAGAAACUCUUAUCAUGGGAAAGAUUGUCCAGUUGGAUUCACUGCAUAUGUGUUGUGACAUUUGACUUGGAACUUGGACAGGCAUUAGAGUAUACAUAUCCUCCAACUGCCGUUCUUCUAGAGGAAGAUAAGACAAACAUAUGCUACCUUGCAUUCCCAGAUUCAAAUUCUGGAUGCAUGGGAGAUACUAGAUACCAUAUCAGAAUUCGUCAAGCGGCCGGAUUGUCUCCACAAUCACCAUCUUCUCAUCAUCAAUUGUACAACCAAAAGUGUCCAAUUUUUCUUCAGGCUGAUUCAUGUUACUUCUAUGGCUUCGUCUAUUUCAGACAAGUAAAAGAUCCUUCCUUACCGAGAGGAUAUUUUCAGAAGAGUGUCAUCGUUUUGUCACGCCUACCUUUUAUAAGCUUAUUCUUGGAGGUGAUUGGACUGAUAGCUCCAGAAUUCUUCAAGAGUGGCUUCUCAAGUAUAGAAGCAGCCUGCCAUGAAAUCAAUCAGUGGCCGCUUCCUUUUCCGGGAGACACCGUUAGUCUUCCUCUGCUUGGCACUGUUAUUCAGGCUCAGAUACCGAGUGAAACCUACAAAUCAUGUUCGGGCACUAGUUCAGGAGUGUACAACGGACUGUUGUCGGCCUCGACUGUGCUGCCAUCUGUUCAUGAAAUCAACACUUUCGACUGCUUCGUAAAUUUUGUUCACCAUAUCCAGCUGUUAUGGGAACUGGUGCUGAUUGCCGAGCCUAUUGUUGUUAUGGCCUCAUCUCCCACGAAAACCUCGCAAAUGGUGCAGGCACUAGUUAGUAUGAUUAUGCCUCUAAUGUAUUAUGCAGACUACAGGCCGUACUUCACCAUCCAUGACAGCGAAUUCAAAGAGUAUACUACUCGUACACACGCUCCACCUCCUAUAAUAUUGGGUGUUACCAAUCCAUUUUUCGCUAAAACGCUUCAGCAUUGGCCUCAUAUUCUCAAAGUGGCCGAUUCUACAAAACCUGACGCCCUUCAGAAACAUAAGCUGAAAAAGGGAAGUAAUUUGAAAAUGCUCGACUGUAAUCCUGGUCUCUACACUCAGUAUACUUCAUUUCUACAAAAAGACAAAUCAAUCGUGAAAAAACUGUUGAAAGGAAUUGAAACAAAUCGACCAAGUGAGGUGCAGUCAGCGCUACUCAGGAAAUACCUCCUAGAACUCACACACAGUUUCAUGAUACCUUUGGAACGGUAUAUGAGUACAUUGAUGCCUUUGCAAAAGAAUAUUUCUCCUUAUAAGGCUGCUCCGAGUCCGUGGCCGUUCAACCCAGAUGACUUUAUAGCUUCGUUGGAGACAUCGGGUCCCCAGCUGACAUCAGGCAUCAAAGGCGAUUGGAUCGGACUGUACCGGCGCUUCUUUCGCUCGCCGAAUUUCAGCGGCUGGUUCAACGCUCGCUACAAAGGCAUGAGCCACAAACUGCAAAUUCUGCAACUCGAAGCCCUGUCAGAUGCUGAUCUGAAGGACUGGGUUCAGGGCAAGCAGGAAGUGGAAGUAGUCGAUAUGAUAUUGAAGAUCCGUUGCCGCUUGCAACAGUGCGAGUCUGAAGAGGUUCCGCUCAGUAAGGAGAUCAGACAACAACUACAGCUCAGAGUCGACGAUAUUGUAUGUACGUUACCCGACGACCUAAAAACAGUACUCAAGACCAGUUGAUAUCUGACAAACCUUUCCUAUUACUUUGCGGUUUGUAUGUACAUAAGUAUCUUCUCGAUUAUUCCACAGUAUGUACAUACGUUCCUGUACAGCCAUUUUUAUCAUCAUUUCAACGACUGUUCUAAUUAUCAUUCAGUAUGUACAUACGAAUCCUAAUUAUCACUGUCAUUAUUAUCACUCUGUCCUAAUUAUCAUUGUCCUGAUUAUCACUCAGUAUAUACAUAAUAUGUUACUGUACAACUAUUUCUAUAAUCAUUUCAACGACUGUCCUAAUUAUCACUGUUUUAUAUUGUCCACUGUUAAAUCUAUCUUUAUUGUUAUCGUAGCUUCCUGAAAUAUUUCUUGGAUUAUUUCACAAUUUAUCCUUAUCUAAUUGUUCUUCUCGCCGUGAUUCCCCCCAAGCCGUCUUCCUACCUGUCACACUUUGGCUUGACAUGUUCUGUCUUCCUUUAUUUACUUUAUAUUCGGUAUUAACUCUUCUGUUUUAAUUCGUGCUAAUAGAACUAUUACUAUUUACUUCUACCCAGAAGAAACCAUUGAUUCCAAUCAGAACUCACUUAUUCACCAUCUUUCUCCUGCUUUUAAAAGAGUCGAAUAAUUUUGUGAUAGAGAACUUCACUGUAAGAAGGAAAGGAAUUUUAAAUUAUAGAAUAUAAGUAUUUAGGUAAUAAUCGAUCACAUUAGUUGUAGGUAUCGUUGAUCAGUUGGUGUUGGUUGUUGAGUGUUGAAAAAAUUCCGUUAACUGAACCAACAAAUUUUGGAUGAAGAUUUAACAAAUUUGUGCCCAAAAGGUAUCAUUUACGGGCUGCGUUGUAAUGCAUUGUAUAGUUGGAUUUUUAUGUAAAAUGUGUUGUUGAAAUUAGAUUGUAAUAUUAGACAGACAGACCAAGACUACAAAUUAGUUAUAUUCAAUCAUAAAUACUUUUCUGGGGCUGGUACCCAGAAAAGUGUAAUUACUUUUCUACUGGAUGUUAACGUGAUACUAUAAUAGAGAUUACAUCAAUAGAGAUUGAUGUAAUAUUCAUUCACCAAGGCAAUUAAUUAAUUAUUUUUUACAUAUUUUGGGGCUGGUACCCUGACAAGUGUAUUUGCUCUUUUGAAUGUUGUGAUCAUUAUGAUAAUGUGAAUCCAUUCCCUGAGAUAAUCGAUAUCAUUAUUUAUGCAAAUGUCAAAGUCAACAGGCAAUAACGUUAACAAAAAUCUGGUGGGGUACA